GGCUGUUUACGCACCUUUCCAAAGCAGUUUUGUGCAUAGGUCUUGGUCUUUACGCACUAACCAAAAGUGCACUUAUUCAAAGACCUAUCAAUGUGUUGAAAAGUAUAUCUUAAUCAUCCUUAACAUUUCCAGUGUACCCCGUCCUCUCCCUCUUCAGUCAUAGCUGAAUUCAAACAGGGUCCCCGUAAUUAUCGUGCGUCCCGCAGGCAAAUAGUUAAUACGGACAUGGUCGUGCAAUGUGGGUGUGCCUUGCAGUUAUUUUAGCGCGCUCCUCUGUGCUGUAACGUAUUCAGUCUGCCGAGGAGUGGCGAAGGCAUGUGGUCAAUCUUCCAACAUUUCUCACUCAACGCCGAAGAGCCAUGGAGUACGGAGGUUUUUGCGCAGUAGCUCGCAGAAAGGAGGAUAUUUGAACGAAACCUUGUCAAGACCUACCUCCACAUUUAACAUUUCGAACGGCCAAGUAACGACUUGCUCUUGCUCAUUUAUUUGAUGUAACUACAUUCGUAUCGUACAUCAUUCUUUCCUCAGAGAUAAAGAUCUCCAGGAAUGGAGCCGAUACCCGGUCAGCUCCCAGCGGGACGAGACUCCAGCUCUUCCCCGAAUUCUAAACAGGAAUUGCAGCCCUACUCUAGCUCUCUUAAGCCUAAUCAAGUCAGCGAGACUGCAUUAUACGGAGUGAACAUAGUGUCUUUGGUGAUAGAUGGGCAAGAAAGGCUUUGUUUGGCUCAGAUAUCUAACACACUAUUGAAGCACUACAGCUAUAACGAGAUUCACAAUCGACGCGUCGCUCUUGGGAUCACCUGUGUGCAGUGUACCCCAGUUCAGCUCGAGAUUCUGAGGCGCGCAGGGGCGAUGCCUAUCUCAUCCAGACGCUGCGGGAUGAUAACCAAGCGUGAGGCUGAGAGGCUCUGUAAGUCCUUCCUUGGGGCUCAUGCCCCUCCGAAAUUGCCUGAAAAUUUCGCGUUUGACGUCUCUCAUGAGUGCGCAUGGGGAAGCAGGGGUAGUUUCAUUCCAGCUAGAUACAACAGUUCAAGAGCAAAAUGUAUCAAAUGCCACUAUUGCAAUAUGUAUUUUUCUCCGAACAAAUUUAUCUUUCACUCACAUCGUACCCCUGAAUCCAAAUACACACAACCAGACGCGGCAAACUUCAAUUCGUGGAGACGCCACCUGAAACUCACUGAGAAGGGCGCAGCCGAUGACGUUAGCCAUGCUUGGGAGGACGUAAAGGCCAUGUUUAACGGUGGUAGUCGGAAAAGGACGAUGCCAAUGAGUGCCUCAGAAAUGUCCUCUUCUAUGAAGUCCCAGGCCUCCAGUAACAUUACGCAGACGAGUUCAGCCGAGGUUCCUCACAAAACCCUACGCUGUGAAGACGACCGCGGUGGUCUCGGUUUGACCAAUUGUGUGCGCAACUAUCCUGUCAUCCCCGUGCCGAGCAAAGGGUUUGGGGUACUACAGAAGAUCCCACCACCAAUCUUCCCACAUCCUUAUGGAUUCCCUGCAUUUGGAUUGUGUCAUAAGAAGGACGAUGGUGUUGCAGACCAAAAUAAGACUAAUAUUCCAGGUGUGUUUUGGCCAGGAGUGAAGGAUAAUAUUUACCCAUCAUUCCCCAUGUUUUGGCCCACGGCAGGAAGUCUACCAAUAUCAUCAUAUCCACAAGCACAGCUAAAACCGCAUACAGAUAUAAUUUCGACACGACAAAAUGAGACCGAACUCUCUGACCAAAAUGAUCGAGGCUCUAUCACGCCCAAAGACAGUCUAUUUGAUAGUGAACGCUGCUCAAGUUCUCAGUCCACGAGGAACGAGGAGGAGAAGUCUGGGGACGAGGCCAGGUCAACGGAGGGCCAACCCAGCACUCCUCGAAAGGUGAGCUACAUAUCUGCUUUCAGGCCAGUUGUGAAAGACGCUGAGAGCAUAGCCAAACUGUACGGCAACAGGGAGGUAUAUACAGGGGCUCGUUCAGGUUACCUGUCACCUGACUUUGUCAGCGAAAGUUCCAGUUACCGGUCCGUCUCUCCAGACGUGGACAGCGGAGAAGACCCGGAUGUUGACGUGGAAUCGAAUAAAUUACCAGAAGAUGAAGAGUCAAUUCAGCUUUCCGUGGAAGAUCAUCAGAGUACCCAGGGGCGGAUCCCGUCUCGGGCCAAUCCCGAUGAAAGUCAAGAUUCUGAGACCAGACCAACACAGCAACCGGAUGAUCCCCAGAGAAUCUUGUUCAGCGAGGCAGGGUCAUCUGAUGACGAGCGGCCGAGCAAGCACGUGUCAGAAAGUAAAGAUGCUGCGAUGUACGAAGUGUAUGCUCAUGAAAAGGAUGGAAACGUGCGCUCGUCUAUUGCAUCUAAUUUAGUAUCUAAAUAUCCCCAGAGUCCGCGGGAAACCACCGAUUCACUUAAACAAAGCGUCAUUCCAACGGAGGACGAAUCUGAUUUGCCGAAAACCUACGAUGUAUCCAAAGACAGCUCGAAUGAUGAGGCGAUACGCGAUGAUGUACCUAGAACUGGGAAAGACAUCGAAAGUAUGGCGAAAGAGGAGCUUCAGAAACAGCUUGUGGAGCAGGUGGAGCUCAGGAAGAAGCUAGAGCGAGAAUUUCAAAAUUUAAAAGAUAAUUUUCAAGAUCAGAUGAAAAGAGAGCUAUCAUACCGGGAAGAAAUGGUCCAGCAGCUUCAGAUUGUUCGAGAAGCUCACGACGCUCUUCACCACUUCUCAUGCAAGAUGCUCACCCCUCGUCACUGCGCCGGGACCUGCACGUUCAAGCCGCCUCUCCUACCGCCCUAGACCUCACACCUCCGGACACCUCCGGACUCCUCUGACGGGUGGCAGCCUUCCUUUCACAGCAAUUCUACUACCCAAGGACUACUUUGAAAUAAACUGACCACAGAUGCACAAGAGCGUGGAUGACAUGGACACACCAUUUCAUUUGAGAGGGUGUUUUUUUGUUUUAGUUUUUUCACUUAGUUGAACACUUGCGUCAAAAGAGUAGUACACAAAGAUCAGUGUUUCCUUCCUUAUGUAAUAUGGGUUCUCCAUACUAUUGUGGAAAGCCUUUAAAAAGAUCAUGCUCAAUUCCUGUUUGGACCAUUAAUGCUUAAUAACGUGGCAAUGUGCAAUGAAAUUUGUUGUGAGAUUUUAUAGGUAAUAUGAAAAUAAUACUUAAGCAUUACUCAUGUCUUUUUAUGUAUGUAUUUAUUUUUGUGGUUCUUAAUAUACAGUGCUGUCUAAUCUACCCCCUUUAUAAGUAUUAUCAUGCACUUUAAAUUAACAAAAACAUUUUUGACCCAGUGUGUAUUGUAAUCUAAUUUUGCUCUGGUGAGAGACGGGAUGUAUCAAACCCAGCUCUCUCUCGCAAACGGAGAAUUACACCAGCACUUAUUCUUACACCAUAGUAAAUUAUGUUUAAACUUUAGGUUGGCUGUAUGCUUGAUCUCACUCCAUAUCAAUGUGUAGUGCUUUUGUGGGCUAUAUUCAAAAACAAAUAAAAUCUCUUGCCUCACUAUGUAGCUAAGAAGAAAAAAAACACAGAUCACAGAUUUUGCAGGACAUGUGAAGUUUCCUUUCAUAAAGAUGUUUUUUGGUAUUUAAAAAAAAAAAACUUUAAUUGCACUGCACUGUUCAAUUAUAGAGUUUUACCAUCUUUACACACCAUAGUAGACAUCAGUAGUAGUCAUCUAGAUACACUCCUGAUACACUUGUUCUGAAAAUGACUAUACUGUACACAGAUCCUAGGGGUUGGGGGACCAUUCCAUAUCACCAUUUCACUGCCAAAAGGGGGAAGUAUGAUUAAGUGCUAUUGUUUGAUUUGACCAUACCUGUUAUGACAGAAGUACAACUAUUACCUUUGUGAGAGAAAGCUACUUCUCUAGAUGGGAAAAAUGUUUUUACCCAGUUGUUGCAUGA